AUGGUGGUGGCUGUUAGCUUAAAUCAAAGCAUUUUUGUUCUUCACAAAAUGCUUCUUCCAUACCUCGUUCUUACACUCUUCGUCUUGAAAUUUUGCGCCGCCGUCGCCGCCACCGGUGAUAUGUCGGUUACCAAGCCGAUUCCAAAGUUUCCGGCAAUCCUUGUCUUCGGGGAUUCGACCAUGGAUGCUGGCAAUAACAACUACAUUAUUACACCGGCCAAAAGCAAUCAUCCGCCGUACGGUGUAGAUUUUCCUAACCAUGUCCCGACCGGAAGGUUUUCGAACGGGAGAUUGGUACCCGAUCUUUUGGCCUCCAUGAUGGGGCUCAAGGAAACCAUCCCGCCAUACCUUCAACCAGAUUUAUCCGACGAUGAAAUUUUUACAGGCGUCAGCUUCGCAUCUGCCGGCUCAGGAUACGAUGAUCUUACGACACUUCUGUCCAAUGUAAUUCCUGUUUCAACGCAGCUAAGUUACUUCGAGGACUACAUUCAGAGGCUCGAAGGCAUUGCUAACCGAACUGAAGCUGCAAGAAUACUGCGCCGUGCUUUGGUUAUAAUCAGCGCCGGGACCAAUGAUUUCAUCUUUAACUUUUACGACAUAGUGACCCGGAGAAUUCAGUUCACCAUCGACGAGUACCAAGACUUCCUGCAGAAUAAGCUGCAUGACCUAAUUAAGGAAGUUUAUCGUCUAGGAUGCCGAAAAAUCGUAGUCUCCGGGCUCCCUCCAAUAGGCUGCAUCCCAAUACAAAUAACGGCCAAAUCCCCAAUCUUUAGGCAUUGCAUUCACCGACAGAACGCAGACUCUGUUACCUAUAACAAAAAGCUUGAGAAAUUGUUGCCGCGCAUUGAGGCAGACCUUCCCGGCAGCAAAAUCCUCUACGUCGACACCUACAACUCCCUUACAGACAUGAUCAGUAACCCAAAACAAUAUGGAUUCGAGGAGACGAGCAGGGGCUGCUGUGGGACAGGAUUGGUUGAGGCCGGACCACUGUGCAGUCCAUUGUCACCGGUUUGUCAGAACUCAUCGGAGUACUUGUUCUGGGAUAGCGUCCAUCCCACUGAAUCGACCUAUAGAAUCCUUGUAUCCUCCCUGACUCUUAGAUUAAGUGAACUAGCUUGAAGCAUAUGAUCUCCAGACAUAAUGAUACAUCAUGGGAGUUUUAACAUUACAAAAAGGUUAAAAAGGACAGUCUUGUUAUUGCUGUAAAAAAAGAUACACAGAGAAAUAAUUUAACCAUUGGUCUCAUCUGUCUUUUGAUCUU